AGUAAAAAUACAUUUAAUUCAACUCAAACAAUAAUACAAGUCGUAAAGAGUACUGGAUGUGUGAUAUAUAUUUUUAAAGUACAGCAUAUGAAGUAUAAUCACAACAAUUGUGUAACCACAACAUAUACAUGAGCAUUAAAUUGGCCUCGUUUCAUUUUUCGAACGUUUUGAGGCUCUGCGCAAUUACGCAAAACAACGACAAUUACGCACUAAUACAAUUCAUGUUGUUUUUCUAUAUACGACCAACAAAGCAAUAUACUACAUAAAGCGCUGUUUACACAUGCGUGGAAUAAAAAAAAAUAGCCAUACGUCUAUUCAAACGUGUGUUGGGUUUGUGUGCGAGCAAAUAAGUUUGACGCUGGGUGUCUGGAUGUGGAUUAUACAGAUUUUUUUUUUUUUUUUUUUUUUGCUUAUUAUAAUGUAGACACGCACUGAAGCUGUCACGCUUGGAUCCAAGACAGAUGGCUAUUUUAAUAAACGUGAUGCUUUUUUUUUUCUGUUGUCGUCGUCGUCCAAUGCGUGGCCAGUCACGUCGUUUGGUGUUGGCUUGGGGGCGUCGCUGUGACGCACGGGCACCCACGCCGUCGAUGUGGAUAUAAACCCCAGCCAGUGGCAGUUAGAAACAUUUCUCCUCGAGUAUCUUGUCGAGGAUACACCUCGAGAAUCGAAAGGACGAAGAACAUGUCUCCAAACGUAACUUGUGACCCUCUGGCAUCCUUUUCUCCGAGGCCCACCGUGGCCAAAAGAAAAGAAGCCCAUGAGCUCAGAAAGGUGAGUUGUGUCUUCCUUCACGCAUUUAAAACUGUCUUUGGUUGUUUUAGAUUUCAUAUAAUGCCAACCGUCUUUGUUCUUUUUCAGACUAUGAAACCGUUGGUGGAAAAGAGAAGGCGCGCACGCAUCAACGACAGCCUGAACCACUUGAAAGAGCUGAUUCUUCCACUCACCGGCAGAGAUAAGAGUCGUAACUCAAAGCUGGAGAAAGCAGACAUCCUGGAGAUGACUGUGCGGUUCCUCAGUGACAUCCCCCCUGUCCAAAACAAACAUUCCACAGACAGUUACAAAGAGGGCUACCACGCUUGCCUCCAGCGCGUCUCUGCGCUCCUUCCCAAAAGCGGCCUCGAGCCCGACGCGACCCGGCAGGUGACCGACUUCAUCCAGCGGUCCAUGGUGGCCAACGUCAACCGGCAAUGCCUCAACUGCUGCGGCCAGAGCUCCGCGGCACACAUCCAGCAGAGGCUCCUGAGGCUCAAGUCCAGCCUGGGCCCCAAACCAGAGAGCGCGCUGCCCCCGGGCAGAGCUCGCUCAGUUCCACGGCACGACAGCGCCCCCAUGUGGAGACCCUGGUAGAUUGUUCAACGCAAGUCAAAAGAAGCGCCCCGAGCAUGUGUCCAUACAUAAAUAGAUCCAGUACAUGUUUAUAUGACUUGUCCACAAUUAAGAUUUACUAUAAAUCGACUUAGCCGAGUAUUGUAUACUUUACCUUUUGCGUACGCGUCGGUUGUCCUGUAUAAGUUGACAAAUCUAGACUGUCGUAUUUUGUUAAAACUCCGCAUGUAUGUUUUACGUUCAGUAUUUGGUCUGCUUUGAGGACUGAAUGAUUUAAGGGCUAUUGGACCAGCCCUGUAAGACCCUAUGGGUCACUCUUAGUGAAUUUGCACUGUAUGACUUCAUGGUUCUGAAUCUGUGCAGAUUGAUUUGGUGGACAUGUUGUGUGUCACAGCAAGUAUCUCUGUUGGGAUGUUUUAUUUUCGCAAUUUUCAGCGAAUUAUGUAUUUAAUGUACAUAUAUGAAAACAAUAAAACUGCGACGUCGUGGU